CACACUUUUUUCCCCCCAAAAAGGGGGAGAAAUGUCAGUGCAUCUUAUGGCAUGAAUACGGAGCAGCCAGGCCGGUAUUUCCACCGUGUCAGAAUACCAGGCUGGCCGCUCAGCUCUUCUCUGCAGCAGAACCUUACCUGUUCCUCGGUCCUGCGCUGUCCGCAGUCUCUUGGUCACACUGUCUGCAGUCUCUGGUCAUCCCCUGUACUGUGUCAGCAGUCUCUGGUCAUCUCCUGUACUGUGUCCGCAGUCUCUGGUCAUCUCCUGUACUCUGUCCGCAGUCUCUGGUCAUCUCCUGUACUGUGUCUGCAGUCUCUGGUCAUCCCCUAUACUGUUUGCAGUCUCUGGUCAUCCCCUGUACUGUGUCCGCAGUCUCUGGUCAUCCCCUGUACUGUGUCCGCAGUCUCUGGUCAUCUCCUGUACUGUGUCCGCAGUCUCUGGUCAUCCCCUGUACUGUGUCCCGCAGUCUCUGGUCAUCCCCUGUACUGUGUCCGCAGUCUCUGGUCAUCCCCUGUACUGUGUCCGCAGUCUCUGGUCAUCUCCUGUAGUAGGUCUGCAGUCUCUGGUCAUCUCCUGUACUGUGUCUGCAGUCUCUGGUCAUUUUCUGUACUAUGUCUGCAGUCUCUGGUCAUUUUCUGUACUAUGUCUGCAGUGCAUUGGUUCAGAAUAUUUUUUUUCUCUUGUUUUUCACCUCUAAAACCUAGGUGCGUCUUAUGGUCA